AUGCUUUCAGAUACAUCGUGCAAGCCAUCAGCUGUGUUCCAAAUCCUCGUGCUCAUAUACGGAUUCCUGUUCAGAGUGUGUUGGAUCCUGUUUCGGAUAGUGAAGGAUUUAGACUAUGGCCUGAAGAUGUUUCUUUCGAAGAGUACCAUCCUCAGUCUGGUGUGGACUGUGCUGAAUGUGGCUGUGUACACCCACUGGAUGACCAUCUCCUGGAUGUUCAUCACUUGCUUCACCUGGCUUAAAGUGUGUUCCAUGGAUACGAUGAUUGGAACUCAGACAAACUACCCUUUCCUUGUGACCAAUGGUGAGGAGAAGGAAAAUGCGCGUCUGCUGAUCUACCAGGGCAUUCUGCACUACGUGAUAGUGAUGACGACGACAGUGGGGUAUGGAGACAUGUACUCGACCACCUACUAUGAGAUGAUACUCACCAUCCUCAUGUCCAUAGGCAGCAAGAUGUUCUACAGUAAUGUGAUGGGCGACAUGUCAUCACUUUUCACUUUCAACAUCAACUCCAAAAACAACUUCAUGCAGAUGACCAAACGACUGAAAGAGGAGAUGCAACACCUGCCCUUUCCCAGAAGUGACACAGAAGGAAAGGACAAACUGACCAUGGAUGAUGUGAAGAAUGCCAAGGACAUAGAUGACAAAAUGGCACUGAAUGAAUUGGUGGACACGGAGCUGAAGGAAGACACGCCUCAAAAGAUUGAGAGAUAUUGUAUUCUCGGAUAUAACUUCUCAAACGGAUACGUCAUCGACGAUCUAUUCAACGACACGCCCCUCCUGAUGAAUGCAGAGGAGAAGAGAGACAUGUACCGCGCAUUUCUUAUCCAAGUCAUGAAGUUUCCUACGCUGAGCGAGAAAUUAUUAGAGGUGAAAAAUAUAGCGCAGCAGAAGGCGGAUGCAGCUGGUGUCAUUGACGAGAAGGGGAAAAGAAAGCGGGAGAAGGAUUUGGUGCUCGCCAUACAGCGACAAGUGGCUCUCAGGGUACAAGAACACAGUCUGAUGGUGACACAGGAUUUUGUGAUCAAAAACAGAAUACGGGAUGGUAGUAAAGCGGCUCAACCACAUAUAUACGCAAUGGCUAAGAGGGGCGCAUUCUCUAAGGUGAUGGGUAAGGUCAAGAAAGGGAGACACAGACAACAAACUGAGAACGAGGAGGGCGAAGUUCUUAGGGAGGAGAGGGUGAGGAACAAAACGUGGAAGGUCGAAGUGCCUGCCAAUGAAAUCCUGGGCCCAGGAGACUACGUGGUUAAGACAACUUGUCUCGCUCUCGUGCUUGUGCAUGAUGAUGCGUUCGCAGUUUUGAAUAAAUACGAAGCACUCGUCAAAGGCGAAGACGAGGAAUAGAACUCAAAAAUUAGUUAAUCUGAAAACAAAAUGAGUAUA